GUUGAGCUACUGAAUUAAUCACGCCAGCAUUUAAACUAGUAAAAAAUCGAUUUUAGUCUUCUUUGAUUGUGAUAGUAGGCCACAAUUACAAAGAUGGGUAGCUAAGAACACAGAAAGAUAGAAUUCACCAAAAUUAAAGGGCCAAUUAAGAACCCUAGCCACACUGCUAGUUAUUAGUAAGGAAAAGGCACUAGCAUGCCUUAAUGUACCAAAAAUAGCCUGCAGGUGCUCCAAAUCACCACGACGAUGCCUAUAAAUGGUUUCAACACCUGGUGCAUGAACCAAAUAUAAAGGUGCUAGGUGCAUUGAACAAUCCAAAUGGCAUCAUCAUCCACUCAUACAACUCAUCUUCUAUCUUAAACGCCAUCUUCCACUCUUUUUCUUUUUUCUUUUUUCUUUUUUGAUCAAGUCGUAGAAUCAGUCUGCUAAGACAAUAUGUUAUCCAAACAUGAUAUGGGAUACAUGUACUUCCUAGUGAUUUGGUUUAUGGACAUGUCCAACGUGCCAUCUUUCUUUGAGAUCAAGCAAGGGUUGGGACUAGCUAUACAGGGAACUCACACACUCUAUGAUAUACUCUUUCUCCAACAACUCUACCACCUAGCAUGGCAGCUCGUUAGACUUCUUGAGACUAGGAAUGAGGCUAAAACUAUCCAGAGCAUUGUUGAAAAGGUCUUGGCUAUAUUGAACCGCGCAUUCUUACAUGUUGCCGAUUACCCUGUUGGACUAGAUUCCCAUAUCCAAGAUUUGAAUUGUCAGUUACGCCUUGCAUCAAAUGAUGUUUGCAUGGUAGGGAUUUUGGGAAUUGGCGGAAUAGGCAAGACAACUGUUGCCAAAGCUAUUUACAACGAAAUUGCUAAUCAGUUUGAAGGUAGCAGCUUUCUUGCAAACGUUAGAGAAAUGGCAAAGCAAAACAAGGUUGUUGAACUACAACAAACACUUCUUUCACAGAUACUUGGAGAUAAAAAUUGUUCAGUUGGAAAUAUAGAUUUUGGAAUCGGUGUGAUAAAGGACAGGUUGUGUAGUAAAAAGGUUCUUAUUGUUGUUGAUGAUGUGGAUAAUGUGGACCAGUUAAAAAGACUAGCUGGAGAGCCAGAUUGGUUUGGUGCAGGGAGUAGGAUCAUUAUUACGAGUAGAGAUGAACAUGUGCUUGUUUCCCAUGGAGUGAAAUUUGUGCAUAAAGUGGAGGAACUAUGUCGAGAUGAUGCUUUCCAACUUUUCAGCUUGCAUGCAUUCAGAAAUUCCCAACCCAAGGAGGAGUUCAUGAUGCAUUCACGCGAAGCAGUAACUUAUGCCCAAGGCUUGCCAUUAGCUCUUGUUGUGUUGGGUUCUUUUCUGUAUGGUAGGAGUGUACAUGAAUGGGAAAGUCAAUUAGAUAAAUUGAAGCAAAUUCCUAAUAAAAAGAUAUAUGAAAUACUCAAAAUAAGUUAUGAUGGCUUGGAGGAUGGCACUCAAAAGGCCAUUUUCCUUGAUAUUGCGUGUUUCUUUAGAGGAAUGGACAAAGACUAUGUGAUGAAAGUGUUCCAUGCAUGCAAUUUCAAGCCAAUUAUAGGAGUCCAAGUUCUUAUUGAGAAGUCUUUGAUAAGUAUAGAGAAUAAUAAGCUGCAGAUGCAUGAUUUACUACAAGCAAUGGGCAGACAAAUUGUUCAACAAGAAUCUCCCAAUAUACCAGGCAGGCGCAGCAGAUUGUGGUUUCAUGAGGAUAUUGUUCAUGUAUUGACCGAAAAUAUGGGAACAGAUGAGAUUGAAGCAAUAAUGCUAGACUUCCAUGAACCAGAAGAGAUGCACUUGAGUGCUAAAGCAUUUAAGAAGAUGAAAAGACUUAGAAUACUUAUAAUCCGCAAUUCUUUGUUAACUGUGGCUCCUGUAUAUCUCUCAAAUGAGUUGAGAUGGCUUGAAUGGCCUGGGUGUCCAUUAUUGUCACUGCCAUCUACUUUUCAUGCAAGAAAACUUGUUGUUCUCAACAUGCAGCAUAGCUUCAUCAGCCACUUUGAGGGAUUCAAGAAUUACAGUUGCUUGAAGUUUAUGAAUUUCAGUGGUUGCGGGUUCCUAAAAGAAACACCCGACUUCUCAACCAUCAGGAAUCUUGAGAGGUUGAAUCUUGAAGGGUGCGCAAAUUUGGUUGAGGUUCAUCAGUCUGUUGGAUAUCUUGAUAAACUUGAAUUCUUGAAUGUUGAAUUCUGCUCUAACCUCAGAAAUCUUCCCCGAAGAAUCAAAUUGCAAUCUCUUAACACCCUUCUUCUUUCAGGCUGUCAAAAGCUUGAGGCGUUUCCUGACGUUGUUGAAAAGAUGCCAUGUUUGGAGAAACUUUGUUUGAGUGGAACUGCAAUAAAAGUGCUUCCUUCAUCCAUCAAAAAUAUAUCUGGGCUUAAAGUCCUGACCCUGACAUUUUGCAAAAACCUUGCCGAUCUUCCUAGUAGCAUUUAUAAACUUACACAUCUUGAGUGUCUGCUUCUUGAAGGUUGCUCAAAACUUGACAAGUUUCCAGUGAAUGGGGAGAAUGAGGUACCAUCAAAUUUCCUUACAUCUUCAAAUUGUUAUGAAAAUUCCUCAGGAUCAGACUUCCUUCCGGCUCAAGCGAAUUCUCUUGAAGGCUCUUCCUCAUUGGGAUUUCCUUCGUUAAGAUGGCUAGAUCUACGAAACUGCUGUCUAAGAAAUGUCAAUUUCUUGAAGAUACAUGAUUGCUUUCCCAAGUUGAAGGAAUUAGAUUUGUCAGGAAACAGUUUUGCUAUCUUUCCGGAAACACUCUCGCUAUUUACUCACUUGAAGAGCCUCAAAUUACAUAAAUGCACGAAGCUUCAAGAAAUUCCAGAGCUUCCACGGAAUAUUAAGAGACUAGAAGCAAGAGAUUGUGAAUUGUUGGAAAGAUAUUCACCAUUAGAGAAGGAAGGUGAAUGGCCAGCCAAACUUCGGGUUGUUGACUUCUCAAACUGCCACAAACUAGCUAAAAACCAGGGAAAGAAUUUGGAGGAUGCAUUCUUUAGUAAGGCAUUUCAUAAGCAAUUUCAAGUUGAAAUGUUCCUUCCUGGAAAUAAAAUUCCAGAAUGGUUCACGUUUACUAGUGAACAGGGCUCCUUGACUUACCUUGUACCUUCCUCUGUUUUCGAGAAAAUCCAAGGACUGGUUAUCUGCUCCAUUUUAUGUUUAGAGGAUGGAGUGACAGCAAAUAUAUCAUGUGAAAUGUUUGUUGAUGGGAAAAGCAUGAUUUUGUGCUCAAGACAUUUCUUUCCAUUGGAGACGGAUCAUAUGUGGUUACACUACCAGCCAUAUUGCUAUACUAGAGCCUUGGGCAAAGCAAGAAAUGAUUUAGUUCGCUUUGAGAUUUCAUUUGAAGUCCUCGGAGCACCAAGGGGUUCGGCGUUGAAAAUGUGUGGGAUCUAUUUUAUAUACAAGCAAGAUAAGACAGUGAGUGAUCCAAGUUCCACUCAAUCCACAAGUUAUCACACAGACCACUCUGUUUCAUUUGAUCUCAUGACAAGUUGCUACGUAGAUGACCCCGACUUCGCUUUGAGUCCUAGUAUGAACAGGAAGCGGCCAGCAUCAUCAGAUCUAACUGAAAGGUGCAACAAUGAUGACUUGGAAAUCAGUUUGAAUCCAAAGGUGAGCAGAAGAAAAACUGCUGAUGAUCAGCGUGGAGAGCAGUUUUCUUUUUCUCUGCAGCCAAUGGAUCAGAAGCCGGGUAACCCUUUGACAGCAUCCAAAUCUGGGGAGCAUCAACUGGAGCAUUGGCUUUCUUUAUCUUUGCAGCCAAUGGAUGUGAGUAAUUGGAAUCCAAUGUGCAUCAAGAAAUUAGAGGAAAAGGUUCAACUUCAACCAAAGAGUAAGCAAAAAAUGAAUUUCUUUAAUGAGCUUCGCAGCAGUCCCAUCAGGGAACAUGAUGCAGUAGACUAUGAAACUGAAAAAGAUGAGACAUAUAUUUCUGAUGUUGAAUCUCUGGCUUGAGUGAUACAAAUAUAUACCUUCAUGAGAAACCGAGAUGGUAAAGGAUCUACAAAAGAAUGGAGCAGAAAAGGAGUUUCUUCUAAUAUCUCAAGCACUGAAGAUGUUGCUAAUGGAAGCUUAGAGAUGGUCGUCCCUUGGUAAAAAAGAUCAAUGAAUGAUGAAGAGGUGUUAAUUUAUGGAACACAAAGCAUGAGUGAUGAUGAGAAAAGAAAGAAGGUCGCCAGAAGGAGAAGAACCUUGCUACCAUGGCCAUUGAUGAAUUUGGUGAUGGAGAGUCCCAUUCUGAUGCAGUUGUAUGUUUUACUUGUUUGUUGAGACGUCAGGGGACAGAUGAGAUAGAAGGAAUUAUGCUAUAUUUACAAGAACCAGAAGACAUGCACUUGAGUGCUGAGGUCUUUAAGAAGGUGAAAAGGCUUCGGAUAGUAAUAAUCCGCAAGGCAUUGUUCAAGGAUGGCUCCUGUAAAUCUCCCAAAUUCGUAAAGAUGGCUUGAAUGGCCUGGAUGUCCUUUAUUGUCAACGUCACCUGCAUUUCAUGGAAGAGAACUUGUCGUACUCGAGAUGCAGCAUAGCUUCAUCAAGCAAUUUGAGGGAUUCAAGGUUGUAUCUAUUGGUGCUUCUCUCUGUAAAUCCUAACAAAAACUUAUUCUAAAAACCUGAUUAUUCAAGCAUAGAGGAUGAAUCUAGAUGGUUGCAUGAACUUAUUUUU